AUGAAGAGGAAGAGGAAACCAUGCACUGCAUCCAGGCUUUCCUCCCGAGCACCGAAAAGGACGAGACCCAGAAGAUGCAUUUUCUCCAGAGCAUCCGCACGAUCUGCAGAGCCACCAGGCACCAGGGCUCGUCACAGGGCCUGGAUGUCUUCUGCCACGGAGAUGAGCUGGCAGGGAGUAUCAUGGUGCUGCUGAAAGAGGAGCCCAGGGAUCACCUGCGCACGGCAGUGCGGCAGCAAGCCAUGCUUGCCAUCUCUGCCUUGAGCUCAAUGGAGAUGGUGCCGGAGCACCAAAAGAUGCGCCUCUUAAACGCCUGCUUCAGCAGCGUCUUCUGCCUUCCUCCAAAAGAGGACAUGCAGGGCUUGGACACUUCCCUCUACCACGAGACCCUGCACGCCAUGGACUGCAUGCUGCAGACGUUGGUACUCAGCUCUCCUGCCUCCAGACUCAGCCAGGAGCUGCAGACAAUCUUGCAGAUGCUGCUGACCUUCACCAAGUCCCAGAGCGCGGCGGCGCGUGAGAGGGCCGUGAGGAGGAUUGGGAUGCUGAUCUAUUUGAUGGCCAGAUAUUCCUCACUGGAGGCCUGGCGCCCCUUUGGAAGAGAGGAGGACUGCCCUGCCUGCUACAGAGGCUUCCAUAUCCCCAAGCUGGGACAGCUGCUGGGACAUCUCAUCCUUCUCAGCUCUUGCAAGGACAAAGACACCAGCUGUGCCGCCUUGGAUGCUCUUUACCUCCUCUUGAUAUUCCUCCUGCAGCAAAGAUGCAGUGCGUGGCCAGAGGAUAGUCCACAGCACCAAAGCGUGUGGGGAGCUGCCGGCACCUCCUGUCUUUCUUUGCACAGCACCGGGGACUUGACCAAGGCGUUUGGAAAAUACCUCAAACCUGGGGAGAAGACAGAUGUCAUCCUCACGGCCAUCGAGGCCAUGACAGACACCAGCACUUCUGACAAGGAGGGGGCCAGCAGCAUGCUGGAUGAAGCCAUGAAAGACCCUGACUCCUGGCUGAUGGACGUGCCAAAGAUCAUGGGCAGCAUCCACAAAAACCUGGAGCACAUCUGCACGGAGCCAGCCAGGCACAGCAUAGACUCACUGGUUCUCCUGCUGACCAGCCAGUACCCCAGCGAAGUGGUCAUAAGCCUGUUGAAGUACUCUAAACUAGAUGACAGUGCUGCCCUGGCCGUGUGGAAGGUGUUGUUCUCCCUGCUCCAGCCUUUGGAGAAGGUCUUGAGGGAGCUGCACAGAGAAUACUGGAAGCAGCGGAUCCACAUGCUGUUUGGCACCAUGACAGAGGACAGCAGCAUCCUCUGCCUGGCCAUAAUCGCCGCCAGCAACCUUCCAUCAGAGACCUUUGCUGCCGCGGCCCGUUUCUGGGAGUCUUUGAGGGAUGAGAGCCUGGAGGUGAUCUCGCUGGUGCUCCAAGGCCUCAUCACGCUGUCGCAGAGCCCCGAGAUGGCAAGAAAAAUGAAGGUCCUGCUGGAAGACAUUCUGAAGACCCUGCAGUAUGUCAGUGAAGAUAUCCAGAUGAAGGCCCUGCUUGUCUUCAGAAACGUACUGGGUCAUAUGACGAGGGAGGAGGCCAGUCCCAUCGCUCUGAAGCUGGCAGUGAAGCUCCUGCCGCUCUUCAGCAACGCGUCCAGCCAGCUGCGAGAGUCCUCCCUCCGCCUCUUCGGAGACAUCAUGCAGAUGGUGGUGUGGAGACACAGGAGACAAAUGAGGAAGAACGUGCAGCGGGGCCUGCUCCCGCUGCUCUUUCACAUGAGUGACCAGACCCAGAGCGUGGCCAAGGCCUCCAGGGAAGCCCUCCUAUCUGCUGCGGAAUUCCUGGAGCAGAAGCAGCUCAAGUACCUGACCCAGACGGAGCAGGCAUGGAGGAUUGGAGAGUGCUUGCUGGUGCAGGACAGGAACAGGGUGGAAGAUUACCUGUGGCAGAGCCUGCUGUACCUGAAGGAUGCUCAGGCCACCGUGCGAGAGGAGGCCGUCAGGUUCACCGGGCUUGCCGCGCGGCACCUGAGGGACCAAAGUGCGGAGCGGCUGCGUGAAGUCUGUGAUGCCCUCAAGCCCUUGCAGGAAGACAUCGAGCCCUCCAUCUGUUCGCUGGCAGCUCAGACCAUGCUGAUCGUGGGUUCUCCAGGGAAGCGGCCAGCAUCAGGAUGGACCAGGGCGCUGUGCUGCUGGCCCUGCAAAGCCAGGGAAAAGUGA